CCGCCUCCCGGCGCCCGCGGCCCGGCGGAAAGACCGGAGGCGCCCCGAGUCCCGGGAGGUGGACUUGGCACCCCCGGCCCCGCGGCCCGGGCGCCCCCUCCCGCCCCUUCCGGCAUGGAGUCCGCGGGGCGCGCGCAGGCGGCGCGGGACCGCGUCCCCAGGAUCGAUCCGUACGGGUUUGAAAGGCCUGAGGACUUUGAUUAUGCAGCUUAUGAAGAAUUUUUUUCCACCUAUCUGGCGAUACUCACCAGAAGAGCCAUAAAAUGGUCCAGACUUCUGAAGGGAGGCGGUGGUGUCCAGAAGAGUAUGACGCUGAAGCGCUACAUCCGGAAGGGCGUCCCGCUGGAGCACCGGGCCCGCGUCUGGAUGGGGGUGAGCGGAGCCCAGGCCCAGAUGGACCGGAACCCCGGCUACUACCGCCAUCUCCUCCAGGGAGAGAGGGACGACAGCCUGGAGGAGGCCAUCAGGACAGACAUGAACAGGACCUUCCCUGACAACGUGCGGUUCCGGAAGGGCUCGGAGCCCUGCUUGCAGAGGACCCUGUACAACGUGCUGCUGGCCUACGGGCACCACAACCGUGGCGUGGGCUACUGCCAGGGAAUGAACUUUAUAGCGGGGUAUCUGAUUCUGGUGACAAAGAGUGAGGAGGAGUCCUUUUGGCUGUUGGACGCCCUUGUUGGCAGGAUACUCCCGGAUUACUACAGCCCCUCGAUGCUGGGCCUGAAGACGGACCAGGAGGUCCUCGGGGAGCUGGUGAGGACCAAGCUGCCGGCGGUGGCGGCCCUGAUGGACAGUCAUGGCCUGCUGUGGACCCUGGUCGUGUCGCGCUGGUUCAUCUGCCUGUUUGUGGACGUCCUGCCCAUGGAGACCGUGCUUCGCAUCUGGGAUUGUCUGUUCAACGAGGGCUCCAAGAUCAUCUUCCGGGUGGCGCUGACCCUCAUCAAGCAACAUCAGGCCUUGAUCUUGGAAGCCACCAGCGUCCCUGACAUCUGUGAGAAGUUCAAGGAGAUCACCAGAGGGAGCUUCGUGACCGAAUGCCACACCUUCAUGCAGAAAAUCUUCUCGGAGCCUGGGAGCCUGUCCAGGGCCGGCAUCGCCAGGCUGAGGGAGCGUUGCCGGGCCCGGCUGCUGGCGCAGGGCUGACACGGCCUUCGGGGCAUCGGGCCGCCACCCGCCUUGUGCUGCCGACACACGACACACGCCGCCUCCACACUCCAGCCGGGAGCGAUUUAAUUGUCAUUCUGUAACAUAGCUCUUCAAGUCUAGCUCUUUGUGUUUCUAAAUAUAUAUUUUUACCUGAGACACAUAAUAUAUACGA